CUUCCAUUCAUUUUUCACUCUCCAUCCCGUUGACCAUGAGCGACUUGCCUCAGUCUGCAGCCGUCACUUCACUCGCGACCGCAUUCUCGUCCUCGUCCUCGUCGACACCAGCACUGUCAGAGCAGGCUGAGCUUGCGACUGGCAGCCAUAUGGCCGUGGCUGCUGAGGCCGCCUCGAGCUCCGCCAGCCCCCUCCACGAGGACGGCAGCGUCGAGGACGAGGCGGCCGUUGAGCGCUCGCUCGCGGUGGCUGCCCAGGCGCGUGCCGCAGAGCACCGUCCAGCAUUGCAUCUGAUCAACGAGAACGACUAUGUCAUCAUGACCAAAGGCGACUCGAUCAAAAUCCACCUCGUCCAGCGCGGCAACCUUGUUCACUUUGGAAAAUUGUCAUUCAAGCUGGAUUCGGCGAUCGGACAGCCAUGCGACAGCUACUACGAAGUGACGCGAGACGGUCUUACGCGCGUCAACCGUGUCUCGGACGUCCUGGCAGAGACCGAGGAGUCGUCCGUGGCCAAAAGCAACCAAUUCCUUGUCGACAAGGGCUCGAAUCAAAAGUUGACAGCCGAUGAUGUGCAAAGCAUGAAGCGAGCGAAUGUGACUGGUCAGACUCUCAUCUCCAAGCUCGUCGAAAACAGCUCAAGCUUUGAGCAUAAGACCGAGUUUUCCCAAGCCAAGUACAUCAAGAAGAAGCAACAGCGUCACUUGAAUGUCGUGAGGAUUGCACGCCCAACCGCCCAAACCCUAUGCGAAGCGCUGUUCAUCACUGAUAACAGCAAGAUCAUGUCGCUUCGUAUUGACUCGCUUGCGCACAUGUUGACCUUUGGUAACGUCUUUUCUGGCAUUCGCGUGGCUGUCGUGGAGGGAACACACGGCCUGCUCUCCGGCGCUUGUUUGGAGCGCAUGGGAGGUGCCGGAACUCUGCUCCAGCUUCAUCACUCGGACGUACCGUCUCGCCAGUUUAUGCUUCCGUUCAACUUUGACGAAAAGGCGCUUUCCAUUGUCAAGUACAUGCCGCUCACCACCCUCAGCCACGUUUUGAGCGAGACCCCGCGUCCUACCACGGCCGAGGCCGCAGGCAUCGAGACUUCUUCCGCCGUGCCAAUGGAAGUCGACACCUCAGACCAAGCAGCUCAGGAAGAGGCCGCACCGGCACCAGCUGAGACUCCAGUCGAGGCCGCAGAGGGCCAGAAAGCCGCUGGCGCUGGCAAGCGAAAUGGUCGCCCUCGCAUGCCCCGUCCAGAUGUGGAUGCUGCCAUCCGGGAGCUUCGUCGCGGGCGCUUUGACUGUCUGCUCCAAGCGACUCGGCACAACCCGGCGUCUUUGCUCUUCCCUAUGCUUCCCUUCCUCCUGCCUUCGCGCCCGUUUGUUGUCUUUUGCCAAUUCCAAGAGCCGCUGGUUGAGUGUGCGCUUCGUCUCCGACGAGAGGGAUUGGCUGUCAAUGUUCAGGUUGUCGAAGUUCUCUUUACCGACCAUCAGGUUUUGCCCAGCCGCUCGCACCCCAACAUGACAACCAGUGGCACCGGUGGCUUUAUGCUGUCUGGCACGACCGUCGUCCCGCCAUCGGCUGAAGAGCACGAAUCACGGCAAUCGCGCCCAGCCAUCCAACCUUCGAAGCGCACAGCUACCAAUGCCGCCUCAACUAGCUCGACGGAAGACGCGACCGCCACUGCUGCUGCUGCUGCCGCCGAUGCCAGCUCAGACCAACCAGCAAAGAAAUUGCGACUUGACGAAAACGCAGAGUAGUGUUUAUUCUUGCACUUGCAGUUAUUUGUUACGAAUACCACUUUAGUGUUUCAACUUGUCUCAGAUCAAUG